AAUAUAAAGAAAACGUUAUGUUUUUUAGAAAAAGAAAUGCACGUUUAACAUUCUCCGAGUCUAAGAUUCGCCUUCUAAACAGGGGAAAAUUCAUUCCAAUUUCACUCCGAAGCAACCGCGAAAUCGAACUCUUUGAUCUCUUUUUCUCUCUCUAUCUCUCUGGCAUUGGGAGAAUCGCCAAAAUUGUCAACAAGGAGAAGAAAGGGCAUUGCCUAUUAUUCUAUUUUAGGGUUCCGAAUUCAACUCCAUUUUUCCCCAUUUCAAAGUCUUAUUUCCCUCAUUUGAUUUCGUUGUGCAUUUGGAAAGAAUCUUUGAGUUUCGAAGCUCAAAUUUGUAGAUCUUUGUUUUGGAUUUUUUUUUUCCUUCAAAAUAUCGAAUGUCCGCUGUUGCUGUUUGUAGGCGGGUCGGUCAAAUUGGGACCAACUCAGGGAUCUUUUUGGGUAGAAAUAGAGGAUUUGGUGCUCCUUUGAAUUGCGAUUCCUUUGUUUCGAUUUCUGGGUCUAGGCAGAUUUCUCAACUCGUCAAAUCUAACGGGAAAAGAUUGUUUCUUGUCGACACUCUAGCCCUUGUCAGAAGAUUGGAGGCACAGGGCGUGCCCUCAAAGCAAGCUGAGGCGAUAACAGCUGCCAUAACUGAAGUUUUGAACGACAGCUUGGAAAAUGUCUCUCAGUCGGUUGUCUCAAAGGCAGAGAUGCAAAAAAAUGAAAUGAUUCAAGAGAGCACUUUGUCCAAAUUUAAAUCUGAAGUCCAGAGUUCGCAGGAACAUCAUUUCUCUUUGCUGCAACAUGAGACUGAAAAACUCCGGAAUGACAUUGAGAAGAUGCGCAGUGAACUGAGGCAUGAAAUUGACAAAGUUACUGCUGGGCAACGGUUGGAUUUGAAUCUUGAAAGAGGGAGGAUACGUGAUGAGCUAGCAGAUCAAAAUGCUGAAACCUCUAACCUCACCAACAAACUUGAUAGAGAAAUUCACGCAUUAAGGGCCCAAUUGGAAGCUGCAAAAUAUGAUGUGAUAAAGUAUUGUAUAGGUACUCUUGUUUCCAUAUCUGCUGCUGGUCUCGCUGUUAUUCGAAUCUUGAUGUAAACCUCAUUUGUUGUAUAACCCGAAAGGGAAAAAUAAUAGCUCUUUUUUUGAAGCUAUUAUUUCAUGCAAAAUAUUAUAAAGGCGUAGAGGUUAAAGGAUUUUUUUUUUUUUGGUUGUAUCUGUGUCACAAAAACAAGAACAACUUGAUGCAGAUAGAAUUUAUGUUGUAUUCCACUUCGAUCAAAGGAUAUCUUUGGAUAUGAAAGAUGUGCCUUUAAUUUAA